AUGAUCGGAGCGUCCGGGAAGCGCCACGUGGCUUCUUCCUGUUGGUUUCUGUCAACGUUGACUUCUACCGUGAUGUCAUGCUACAUCAACAACCUUCAGGCCACAACCCAGGCGAUUCUUGCGCUUGGGCUUGCCCAAGUUGGUGGUUCCCACCCCUUACCAAAGCUCCCCUUGCGCGCUGGAGGAGUUUUUUGGGCCAGGAGCCCCCUUUUGCCUGCCUUCCCCCCUUGCCUCUAA